GCGGCAAGCCUGCGACCGUCGAAACGCGAGUGGGAUUUUUCUCUUGCGUCCGUUGCGCCUGUGAUACCCGACAACUGUAGCAGCAUGUCAUCUGAUCCAACUUCAACUGAAGGCUCGCCGACUGAUGCGGAAGCAGUUUACCUCGUUUCGCACGGGCCACCAAAGAAAAUUGUGAAGUUCACAGGCGCCCGGAAGCUCGCCGACCUUCACGAAAGUGUGCGGAUGGGUGGGUUCGCGCACCUGAUGACAUGCAACGAUCUCCUAAUACAGCAUGCUGGAAGCUGUACAGGGGAGUUGGCAAGGGGGCACAAGGAAGCAAUGCCCCGUUGCUGUCCGUAGGGUGAACGCAAGGCGGCUCGUGGCGGCUGCAAUUUCUACGCUGCGCUUUUCAUCUCUGAAGCCAUGCGCAGCAGCGUGCAGUCGUCAUGUUCAGAAAAGCAGUGCAAAGGUACCCGAAUAAGCUGUACAACAUUGCUGCAAGGUGCCUUGGUAAACCAGUACCCAGCCCUGAGGAACAGAUUGGACUCUGGCUAUAUGCAAAAGGCGUGAGCGCCAUCAUGGUUCUACCAUUUCUUGUCAAUCAGCGAGGGGACGACAUGUUCACAAAAAUGACGCCAGAACAGGAGUUUGCCCACCCCACAUUGCUGUACACUGGCGACAACCGCAUCUCUUCCAAGGCCCUGUGUGUGAAGUGUGGAUAUGUAUGUGUAGAUGUAUUGGACUUCACUUCCGGUGUAACGGAGGUAUUUUUAUUUUCUAUGUACUGGGGCUUUCAACAUCGAAUACAUCAGCUCUGCGGAGCAGACACUCUCAUUGCUGCAACACAUGAUUGAAAUGAAAACGAAAACGACAAAACUAGGCGCCAAGUCCCAACAGCUUUAAUAGCACGGUUAACUGCUACAACUAACAAAAUCACAGCCAGUACUGAGCAGGCUGAGAAAUCUGACUAAGCUGCUAAAGUCGUCUUGAAAUGCACCUUCCUGUAUGCACUUAGCCUUUUUUGUUUCUUUUAACACGAAAGUGUUUUAUGCCGGGGUCCACCAAGACUUCACUGACGUAUUUCCGUCACGGAAAUACGUCAUAGAACAUAAUACAAAGAAAGAAACCAGAAGAAAAAGUUCCACAAACAUGCAAAAUUUGGGAAUCGAACCCACGACCUCUCGGUCCGCGACGAUAGAUCGCCGAGCGUUUAACC